UUGUCCCACACAAUAGCACGAGGGUCGGUCCUGUGAGAAAAAAGCGCCUCCAUCUUCCCCUUUGAAGGCUCCAUUUCUACGUCUUCUCUAUUGUCAGAUCGACGCCAAACCCAUAUCCAAAACAAGUUUCUUUUCUCGAUUCAUCGCUUCCUAAAGGACGAUUCAGCUGAAUCCGAUCUAAUCUAAUCUAAUCUCACUUUUAUUGUUUAUCUAUAGAUCAGGAUAUAUGUUCACUUGAUUCUUUUGUUCAAUAUAUAAAUCCAUAUCUAUUUGUCACUUAAUUCUUUGAAGAAGAAGGAGGAGGGGACUGUCUUCGAUCAUGUGUCCUAGGAACCCUUUAUACUCAAUCGUCACACCAUGUAAGCAUUUAUCAGAUUACAAGCUUAAUCAUGGUAUUCAUGGCUACAAUAUGAUCAAAACCUUCUUAAAAAUCCUCCCUGAAGGGAGGACAGUGAUUGAUAGUACCAAAUUGAAGGUGCCCAGAUGCAGUUUCUGUUCUGGGAAUGAAGGUAGAUUAUUCAUGUGUUUGAUCUGUUCAUCAGUUUCAUGUUAUCUGUCAUCAUCGGAAUCAUUAGAAUCAAAUCAUGCUCUUUUUCAUGCGCAAUCCAUGUCUGCUCAUGAUGUUGCAGUAGAUUUGGAUAGAGGGGAGCUUUAUUGUUUUGUGUGUUGUGAUCAAGUAUAUGAUCCUGAUUUUGAUAAAGCUCUGAUCUCUAAUCAUGUUGUUACGACAUUGUUGUCUUCUAAAUCUGAGAAUAAUAAUAAUAACGGGUCUUCUGUUUUGGGUCUGAAGAAAAGGAAAAGAUUUGGAGAUAUGGAUCCAAAUGACAUGAAACGGUUUGUUUCAUUGAUGGAUCGCAGGUCUAAAUCUUGUUUUCCAACUGGUUUGAGAGGUUUGAACAAUUUGGGGAAUACUUGUUUCAUGAACUCUGUAUUGCAAGCUUUCUUACAUGCUCCUCCAUUGAGAAAUUAUUUCUUGAGUGAUCGUCAUAAUCGGGGAAACUGCCGGAAGAUGAUGUCGCCGGGGAAGAACCACCUCUGCUUGCCUUGUGAUAUCUAUUCCAUCUUCUCAGCUGCUUUUUCCGGUGAUCGGACUCCUUACAGCCCAGCUCAGUUUCUUUACAGUUGGUGGCAGCAUUCAGAGAAUCUUGCGUUCUAUGAGCAGCAGGAUGCUCAUGAGUUCUUUAUUUCAGUGCUGGAUAGAAUUCAUGAAAUAGAAGGGAAAUCAAUCUACCCAGUUAAUAAAGACGGAGAUUGUCAGUGUAUCGCUCAUAAAUCGUUUUCGGGUUUAUUGAGAUCGGAUGUGACUUGUAUGACUUGCGGGUUUUCGUCCACUACAUACGAUCCCUGCCUCGACAUUUCUCUCGAUUUGGAUACAAACAUACCACCCAACAAAAAAGCUAAACCAGCUAGUAACUCUAGCGUUUCCACUCUCGGACGCUGCCUGGAUCUCUUCACUCGACCAGAAAGAUUAGGGUCGGAUCAGAAAUUCUUCUGCCGGAACUGCCAACAGAAACAAGAUUCCACCAAACAAAUGUCCAUCAAAAGGCUGCCUUUGGUUCUCUGUCUGCACAUAAAGAGAUUCCAUCACUCGCCUGUGAAGAGAUUAUCGAGGAAAAUCGACCAACCUUUACGUUUUCCCUUCUCGUUAGACAUGGCGCCCUAUCUUUCGUCUUCGGUGAUCGGAAAAAGAUUCGGAAACAGGAUUUUUCCAUUCGAAGGCGACGAAUCGGAUGUGAAUUCGGAUUUUGAGAUAUUUGCGGUGGUUACUCACUCGGGAAUGAUGGAUUCGGGGCACUAUUUGACCUACUUGAGGUUGAAUAAUCAAUGGUAUAAGUGCGACGAUGCUUGGAUAACCGAAGUUGACGAUCAAGUGGUGAGAAAUUGUCAAUGUUAUAUGAUUUAUUAUGUGCAGAAAACGCUUUAUCAUAGAGAUAGAGCAGGCGAAGAUCCUGGUUGUUUACCAAUGUCUCCACGUGGAGAUGCGUUUGUUCCAAUUGCCGGUUGUUGCUAAUCAACAAAUGUUUUGGUCUCAUUUGCAUUAAACGACUCGUUUUCUUAUCAAUGAUGAUAGAAUUCUCAAACGUAUCGACUUGGAAAUGAAAAGUCUCCAAACGAUGUUGAUACUCACGAGGAGACCGAACUACUCGGUUGGAGCUAUUGAAACUAUCAAAAUGUCGGUUUUUGGCAUGAAAGAUGAAGUGUUUGAUUUCAGUCAAAAUGAAUGUCUUGCAAAUUUGAGGCUAGAUUGGAGUCGUUUUGAUGAACAGAUUCUGCAUUUUGUUUUUCUUGACCUUUUCGAUUUUUGGUUUAAAAACCAUUGGCAACUAUUCUGCGUUUUUUCGCCAAUUUUUUAAUUUGGGAUAUUUGGAUGUUUUCUAAAUUCAAAUUAUUUCAUAUUUCAAUAUAGACAGAAUUUGAAGGCUGAAUGUCUUAUCAUUGGAUAUUAUCAUCUUUGUUAUUUUAAAGCAAUUUAGAUGAUGG